AUGGGUCUUCGAUCGACGUGUGUUCUUCUGGCGGCCGCCUGUGCAGGUCAUCUUCCGAUAGCCCGGGCGGCCUUACAGAUUGUGCCAGGCGCAACAUUGACGGCAUCCAACGGAGCGCACAUGCAGGCGCACGGAGGCGGCGUUAUCGAGGUCAACGGCACCUACUACCUCAUCGGCGAGGACAAAACCGACGGCUCGGUAUUCCAGAACGUCAACUGCUAUUCGUCGCGUGACCUGGUGCAGUGGCACUACGAAGGCGCGCUGCUAUCGCGAACGGGAAGCGGCGACCUGGGCCCGAACCGGGUGAUCGAGCGGCCCAAGGUGAUCUACAACGACAAGACGCAAAAAUACGUGCUCUGGAUGCAUGUCGACAGCAGCAACUACGGCGAGGCAAAGACGGGCGUGGCCACAGGUGACACGGUGUGCGGGAAAUACACCUAUCAUAACAGUUUCCAGCCGCUCGGAUUUCAGAGCCGCGACAUGGGCCUGUUCAAAGACGACGAUGGCAAGGCGUACUUGCUGUCAGAAGACCGUGCCAAUGGCCUCCGAAUCAUGCGGCUCUCCGACGAUUACCUCUCUGUCGCCGCAUCCACAUAUCUUUGGAAGGACCAUAUUGAGGCGCCGGCACUCAUCAAGAUCAAGGGCCGCUACUACAUGUUCGGCAGCCACCUGUCAGGCUGGGACCCCAACGACAACGUGGUCAGCACGUCGACCUCGCUGACAUCCGGCUGGUCUUCCUGGGCCACGUUCGCCGACAAAAAUUCCAAGACGUACUCGUCACAGACGCACUAUGUACUUCCGUACGGCUCCAGUGGUAACGUCAUGUACAUGGGCGACCGCUGGGUGUCGAAGAAUUUGCGGGCCAGCACAUACGUCUGGUUGCCCUUGACCAUCUCGGGCACGACCGUGACCAUGAAAAACCACGCCGCAUGGCUGCCCAAUGUCGAGUCGAACCAACCGUGGGCCAGUCACCCGGACGAAAAGUCGUACGCCGGCAACCAGGGUGCGUACGGAGGUGGAGCCAAGGCCGUGGACUGCAAGCCCUGCUCGGGCGGUAAAGCAGCGGGCUACGUAGGCGGACCAAGCCACGGAACGAUCACGCUGUCGGGGCUGUCGGCGCCAAGUAGUGGAACGACCACGCUCAUUGUCCGGUAUGGCGUAUCCGAGGCUGGGGGCCGGCAGGCCGACGUACGAAUCAACGGCGGGUCGACGGUCCGGAUGGACUUUUUACCCGGAGCUCAGAGUGACAACAUCGGCGAGAGCGUGUUGACGACGGCGCUCAAGUCCGGCAGUAACACGGUCGAAUUUGCGGGCGUCGGCGAUGCGUGGGGCCCUGACAUUGACAUUGUCGAGGUUCCCUCAGCAUAA